GGCCUCGCGGCUGCGUUCCUCCAUCGCCGAGAUGGCGCUCGACCCGGCAGAUCAGCAUCUCAGGCAUGUUGAAAAAGAUGUUUUGAUCCCUAAAAUAAUGAGAGAAAAGGCCCGAGAGAGAUGUUCUGAACAAGUUCAAGAUUUUACCAAAUGUUGCAAGGAGUCUGGAAUGCUUAUGGUAGUAAAAUGCCGGAAAGAAAAUUCUGCAUUAAAAGAAUGUCUAACCUCUUACUAUACUGAUCCUGCUUUUUAUGAAGAAUGUAAAAUGGAAUACCUGAAGGAAAGGGAAGAAUUCAGAAAAACUGGAAUUCCUACCAAGAAAAUGCUACAGAAGCUUCCAACAAGCAUGUAGGCAAAUACUCACAUGAUACUAACUUUAUUCAUGGAAAUCACAAUUACCUAAUAUAAUGGUCUCAAGGAAGUGUGUCUGCUUAUCCUAAAUUAUGGAAAUACUAAUUUUAUCUGAAAUAAAGUUUAAAAAAAAAA